AGUUUUGAUUUUGAAUUUGAAAUUUGAUUUGAAAAUUGAAUCAUGUAACAUUGUUUUUUGACUAUUUUUAUUAGUCACUAUUUAAUUAAUUUACUCACCAAUAUUUACAUUAGAUAACAAUUUAAAACAACACUUCAAAUAACGUAUUAAUACAAUGGAAGCCAAAACCGAGUUGCAACGCAAUGCAAUAGCGUUAGCGCGUCGCAAGGAGUUGGAGACCUACCAGCGAGCCCUGGACAUACAAUGGUUGAACAGCCGCAUGGAGGACGGCCGCAUGGGCCGCUGCCUCGCGCUCAUACAGAAGGAGGCAGAGAUGGAGAAGGAUUACCAAGAGAGAACAGAUCACGCAGCAAUAGUCAAUGCAAAAGCCAAAAAAGAGACUGAGCUAGGAAUUGCAGUGUCCAAAGUGCGCAGGGAAGAAGAUUGUGAACUGCUUAGACGUCACUACCUGAGGGAGAGGGAUCCCAGUCUCCGGGAGCUGAUGAAGAAGCUCCAAGCUGGGUAUGUGUGCAGGGACCUUCAGUUGCAGAUAAAGCAGAAUGAGUACAAGAAGCUGCAAGAUAAGACUGAAGAGAGCCGAGCGUACCGUUGCCUCUCCACCUGCCUCAGCAAUGAAAAGGAGGCGCAAGAUCAAGCUGAACAGCUGAAAGCUGACAAGAACAGGAAGUACUGCUACGAGUUGCAGCAACAGUUGGUCAACCAGCAGCAGCAGAGGCAGUGCCAGUAUGAAGAGUCACUGAUUGAGAAGAAGAUGCUUGAGGAAAUUUCUAGGACUCUCGCUGAUGAAGAUCAGAGAGAGCUCCUACAAAAACGCGAGCAAAUGGAGAAGAUGCAGAAGGAAAUGCAGACGUUCAAGGCGGCGCGCCUUGCGUGGAAGGAGAAGCAGAAGGCCGUGGUCAUCAUGGAGGAGAAGCAGAUUGAGGAGCAGAAGCAGGCGCUCUCUGACAGGAACAGUGCCAUAAUAGCAGAGCGAGAACGAAGAUUAAGAGAGAAGGAAGAAAAAAAUAAAAUAAUCACUGACAAAAUACUACGUGAUGAGGCAGCACGUCAAGAACGCGAGAACAUAAUAAAACUUCUCCAAGAGCAAGAGUAUCUGGAGAAGAAUGUGCAAGACGACGUGGCGGAGCGCAGCAAGCUGCAGCGAGUGCGGGCCGACACCAAGCACGCGCUGACGUCACAGAUGGAGAUGAGGAGGAUGCUGCGGAGGGAGCAGCAGAUCGCUGACGGGGAGUUCCGGAAACAGGCCGAAGCGAAAAUGGCGGCCGAGGAAGCAAUAGAGAGGGAAAAAGAGCGGAAGAAGAAGGAAAAGAACGAGCAGUACUCGCGGGAGCUGAUGCAGCAGAUAAAGGAGAAUCAGAUCAUCAGGCAGAGGAAUAAGAAGAUGGAGGACGAUCGCGCCAAGUACGUGUGGGACUGCGACAGGGCGUGGCGAAACGAAGUAGCUUCAGAGAGAAAGAAGAUAAUAGAAGAGAACGUGCCCCACGUGCUGGGCUACAUGCAAGCGGGGGUCAUCGCGCCCGACGACCUGGCCAAUGUCGCAGCCGACAGCAAGUUGGCCCAACUCGACAUCGGAUCUCUGGUCGCGUCCAACCGCCUCAAGAGAUUCCCCAAAUGCAACGCCCAGUGUAGAAUAUUGAGGGAAUAUUGAUUUAUUACGGUAAAUUAUUUAUUUUAAUUUUGGGUUGUUUUAAAUUAAUUUUCCUAAAUAUUUUGUAUUUAUGUUAUGAAAUUCCUUUUCAUUUUAAUGAAUGUAAUUUGUAAUGGAAUGUC